AGCGUCAUGUGAAAGUGAGUGUGCGUGUUUAGUGUGCAGCUGCCGCUGACUACUCAUCUUCUUUCUGCAGAUUUGGAAGGGCACAGGUCUGUGCAGGUCUGCCUCUCUCCCCCUCCUCCCUUUUCCUGAGGAUCGUCUUCUGGCUGGAAGUGCCAGACCAUAAUCUGCAAAAAUUCUGUGCUGCAAGAAAUCCGCGGUAAUGACAGACGAGGGAGGGGGGCCUGCCAGCGGCAGCUUCUGGGAGUCUGGUAAUUACCGCCGCACAGUGAAACGAAUCGAAGAUGGGAACAGACUAUGCAACGACUUGGUCACAUGUUUCCGAGAGAGGGCCAAAAUUGAAAAGGCCUAUUCACAGCAGCUGACCGACUGGAGCCGCAAGUGGAAGAGCAACCUGGAGAAGGGCCCUCAGUAUGGCACACUGGAAAAGGCUUGGCAGGCGUUCCUCACAGCAGCGGAUGCCCUCAGCGAGAUCCACACGGAGCUCCGGAAUCAGCUGUGGGACGAGGACAGUGGGAAGGUGCGAGACUGGCAGAAGGAGGCCUUUCACAAGCAGAUGAUUGGAGGAUUUCGGGAGACGAAGGAAGCGGAGGAUGGAUUUAGUAAAGCUCAGAAACCUUGGGUGAAGAAGCUGAAAGAUGUGGAGACCUCUAAAAAGAAGUACCAUGCAGCUCGGAAGGAUGAGCGUGCAGCACAAGUUCGAGAGGAUCACGCAAAAGCAGAUACGUCGGUGUCACAGGAACAGAUCCGUAAACUUCAGGAACGGGUGGAGAGAUGCAACCAGGAAGUAGAAAAGGAUAAAACUGCCUAUGAGAAGGCUCUGGAUGAGUUGGGAAAAUACAACCCUCGCUAUAUGGAGGACAUGGAACAACAGUUUGAGAGCUGCCAGGAGGCUGAGCAGAAGCGCCUCCGUUUCUUUAAGGAGAUGUUGUUGGACUAUCACAAGCAUCUCGAUCUCUCCAGCAGAGAGAGCUUCCAUGCUUUGUACAAAGACUUGUACCAAAAUAUCCAAGCCUCUGAUGACCAGCAAGAUCUAAAAUGGUGGAAGAACACCCAUGGACCAGGCAUGGGUAUGAACUGGCCUCAGUUUGAGGAAUGGUCUCCAGAGACACAGAGGCCGAUCAGCAAGAAGGAGCGUACCAGUAAAAACGUAGAAGAGGUGACCCUCACUGGCAUUGUUCCAGCCAAGGAUGGAGUUUCUGCCGGGACCCCCACCCAGCAGCUGAACAGAGGGUUUACCUACGGCGAUGAAGACCAGGAUUUCUAUGCCACCCUAACGGAGACCCAACGCUCAGAUGGUGCCAAGGACGAUACGUCUGAGUGGUCGGAAGAUGAAAGCCCCAGAAAGUCUCUGGACAGUAAUGGUCGGGAGGCGUCACAGGUAGAGGGCGUGCGUGUGCAGGCACUGUAUGAUUACACUGGACAGGAAGCUGACGAGCUGAGCUUUAUGGCAGGGGAAGAGCUCAUAAAACUAGGCUCAGAAGAUGAACAGGGCUGGUGCCGAGGACGCCUCUCCUCUGGGAAAAUCGGACUUUAUCCGGCGAACUACGUGGAGGAUGUUGCGUCCUGAGACUUGACCAAGCCUUGCAUUUCCGUUAAGCUGUGUGCGUGUGUGCCCUGAGUAGUCGUGAGGACUGGGGCAAACUUAUGAACAUUGGAUCCUAAUAGUGAAUCCAUUGCUGCUUUUACCAUUUUAUUUUAGACAUGCAGUUAUUUUCUUUUUCUUUAUUAUUUUCUUAAUAAAACAACCCAGAAGAUAUAAAA